AAGCGACACCAAAACAGCCACCAUGGUGGCAGGCAAGAAGCCUUACCCCAAGGCUACGCUGAAGAAGAUUGUCAAGGCGCAUUCGGGCAUGAACGUUCGGAAAAACACAGACAUUACGAUCUAUCUCAAUUAUGUCUUGUUUAUGAAUAGGUUGAUCAAGGAGGCGGCUAUACAUGCGAAGCAGUCGGGAGAACGGGGGUUGACGGCUAGGAGUGUGCGAAAGGCGACUCGAGAUGCUUUAGCCAAAUUCAAGGGCUGAUAUAUGGAUCGAUGGUAUUUGAACAGGAGUGAUGAUAAGGCUCUUCGUUUGAGCU